AUGAGAAUCUUACAAAACAAAAGUUUAGAUGAUCCUGAAAAGUCUGAUGGAUUAAAAGAUCUUAAAUAUCAUCAGGAUAGAGGCCUAGAACUUAUAUUACAUAAAGAAAAAAAUAAUCAGGGUGGUACUUUUUUUAGAAAUAAACAUGGAAAAUCAGGUUCAUAA